AUGGAGGAGUUGCUUGAAGGCUUGAAGUCUCGCUAUGAAGAACUGGAUCAGCCCCUCCCACAAAUGGUCAUUGUUGAUAACUGCUGCCACGUACGCAGUGCAGUCAAUAAAGCAAUACCAGAUGCACAAGUUGGCCUGGAUGUAUUCCAUUUUAUUAUGAGGUAUCUUGCUGCCAUUCUCAACGGAACCAGGAACCCUCAGCAUUCGGCUGUAGCCCACGACAUUAGCAAAGCUAUCCUGAGUUCACGGGCAUCAGGUCAUGGAGAAAGUGUGAAGUAUCGAACAAAAGAAGAGCAAGAGGUCCAGCUUCAAACGAUGUUUGAGAAGUGGGCCAAAAAGGGCAGGGUGUGGUCUGCAGCUGCCUCCAAGGUGCACGCAGACCAGCUCGCACACGUCAAAAAAGGGUGUUUGAUGCAAGUUUGGCAAGAUAUAAGAUCAGAUGGAAGCCGCAUUGAAGGGUCGCACAAGGCUUGGAACGGCAUCAUGCGGUCAUUUGCCAGCAGCCUGGAGAUGUUCUUAGCCUUAGGUUUUGAUUUUGUGAUACGUCGUAACAUACGCAUUCGCUUCCGCUCGCAGAAACCGAGCAAAUUCCUUAGUUCUAUCCAUGGGACACACCACAUCCGCUUAGCUAACCACAUUGCCAACUCAUGGAACAGCUUGCUUUCCACAGAACCAACUCACAGCAACAACAGUCAAGAGCUGAAGGCACGCCCUGUCCUUUCAUCCAUCAACACCAAAGAAUCCUUUGGUCUCGGCCCCUCCAACCACAGCUCAACAUUUGGAGGCCUCAUAGAAGUUAAGACUGAGGCUGAUUUUGACAAGCAAGACCUCAGCCUGGAUCAAUUAGUCUUAGAUGCCGAGAUUGAGCCCACAUCAAUCCUGCAAUGCCUGGAUAUCAACCCCAACUUGCUUACAUACCCACUUAUCCGGACCAACCAGCCAUCCACCAGCAAUAUUAUCAGCAUGUUUUUUGCACCUGGAUCAAAGACUGUCGCCCCCAAGUGCCCUAGUGACAAACACACCAGCCAAAACUUGAUGGCGGCCUUCUCACCACUUGCUGACCCCAACUUGAAUGGUCUCUCACGCUCUCAGCGCAUAUUUUCCAUCUCGACGGGUAUCGACCCACGUUCACUCACCCUCAACUCUAGUGCCGAAUUUUUCCUAUUCAUGGAUAUGCGCCUACAAAAUAAAUGGGCAUCGUUCAGCAUGACGUCUCGAAAAUGGGUUCUGGCUACAGCAGACUAUAAUAGUAGACUAGAGAAGCUUCCUAAGUCUGGUGGUAGCCCAGCAGUUAUGAAAAAUCCCCGUGCACUAUUUGACAAAUUGGGGGAAAUAGAGACAAAGAUUGUCGAGAGGAUCAAGUCUAAUAAUUUUGUUUCAUCAAGCGGCAAUGAGAAGUUUUGGAGAACCCAUUGUUUCAUUGUCCAGCUCGUUAAAGGAGAAAACACAGACCUGAAAUCACGUAAGACUCAAAUAUGUAGCCGUUGCCGCACUAUCAAGUACCCAGGAUCGACAGGCUUUUCAGGAAACCACAAGAAACUAUUCUGUUCUGACGGUGUUCCUGUCAGAAAGGAUUUCCCAGACGAGCUUCCACCCUGGCCACAGCCUCAAGGCAUUUUUGUGAAUGGCACUCACUUUCAUCCUCGGGUUUUCCUCUCGACUAUUCGAAAUAUAUGAGAAGGUCAUAAUUGAGGGUGGAAAUGGUGCUGACCUUGAGAUGGAAUAUCAGGCAUUUGCGGCUAUGCUAGUCAAACGAAUGACCCCUCCAAUUUCAAACAGCCCAGUCUUGUUUCGGCUUUAUGAAUCCCUCACGUUGAGUCCCCCCAUGCCGGAUUUGGUCAAGGAGCACG